AUACUUGCAGGAGAUCCGAGCCUGAUAGAGAUACUGCCGUCAUGGAAGGCUGACGAGGAGCCCGAGCUUCGCGCGGCGGUGCUUCGCGACAUGCAGGUGCUGCCCGACUUCGUGUCGGAAGCCGAGGAGGCCGCGCUGCUGGCCGAGCUGGAGCCCGCGUUGAAACGCAUGAGAUAUGAGUUCGAUCACUGGGACAAUGCAAUACAAGGGUACCGCGAGACGGAGCGCAGCACGUGGAGCGAGCCCAACUCGCUGGUGCUGGCGCGCGUGCGACAAUUAGCCUUCGGGCCCGGUGAGGAGCCGCUGCCGCACGCGCACGUGCUGGACCUCGCCGCCGCCGGCUUCAUCCGCCCGCACGUCGACGCCGUCCGGUUCUGCGGCGGCGUGAUCGCAGGGCUGUGCCUGGCGUCGGACGCCGUCAUGCGGCUGCGGCACGCGGCGCGCGACCACCUCGCGCUCGACGCGCUCAUCGCGCGCCGCUGCCUCUACGUCAUGAGGGGCUGCGCGCGCUACGACUUUACCCACGCGGUGCUGGGCGGCGAGGAGAGCGUGUGGCGCGGCGAGCGCCUGCCGCGCCGCCGCCGCGUGGCCGUCAUCACGCGCAGCCGCCCGCCGCCCGCCGGCCCGCCGGCACCGCCGCCCGCCGACAGUUAAACGUACGCCUACUUCAUGUUACUUAGGCGGGUGGCUUGAUUUCCUGGCGCGCACGAAUACACACUAAAGCCUGGUCCGUGAGCACGUAGAAUUUUGUCCAAUGAUCCCAAGCUACCCAUCCUUAUCGCUCGCGC